AUGUGACAUGUGUUUACUUGUGAAAUGAUAUCCACGAAAUAUUCCUCGUUAAUCCCAGAUUUUCUUCGAGAAUUAUGAAAUUUGAAAUAUCAAACUUAUCCCUGCCCUUCACCUGUUCUCAACCAAUCUUCCCGGUCCAGUGCGUAAUAUAAUGCAAAAGUAGAGGCAUAUUGUUUUUGUCCGAUCCCGUCGAUUUCAGAUCUGCCACAUAAAAAUAGCUGUCCACGUCGCACUCGCAGAGUAGAGUGAGUCGGAAAAAGCUUAGCACGAUGGCGGGCAUGGUUGCGAUCGGUUCUUUGAGAUUGCCUUCUUCCUCUUCAUCGGCUUCAUCGAGUUCUUCGAAUAUGAGUCGGAGAGUGCCUGCUACAAGCAUGCCGUUCUUGGCAUCAACUUUCACGGGUGAAAAGAUUUCUUCCAAGGCGUUUUCAGUUAAUCGCCGGUCAACAGGGAGGACUCCGUUGAUUGUUUGUCCAAAAGCGGUUUCGGAUUCCAAGAAUUCGCAGACUUGCCUUGAUCCUGACGCUAGCCGUAGUGUCCUGGGAAUUAUACUUGGAGGUGGUGCCGGCACUCGUCUUUAUCCACUUACCAAGAAGAGAGCAAAACCAGCUGUUCCUUUAGGAGCGAAUUACAGGCUGAUUGAUAUCCCUGUGAGCAACUGUUUGAACAGUAACAUAUCAAAGAUUUAUGUUCUUACGCAAUUCAAUUCUGCUUCUCUCAAUCGCCAUCUGUCCAGAGCGUAUGCUAGCAACUUGGGUGGGUACAAGAAUGAAGGUUUUGUUGAAGUUCUUGCAGCUCAACAGAGUCCAGAGAACCCAAACUGGUUCCAGGGUACAGCUGAUGCUGUGAGGCAGUAUCUCUGGUUGUUUGAGGAGCACAAUGUAUUGGAGUUUCUCAUUCUUGCAGGGGACCAUUUGUACAGAAUGGAUUAUGAAAGGUUUAUUCAAGCUCACAGGGAAACUGAUGCUGAUAUCACUGUAGCUGCACUACCAAUGGAUGAAAAGCGGGCUACUGCAUUUGGUCUGAUGAAGAUUGAUGAAGAAGGACGUAUAAUUGAAUUUGCUGAGAAACCAAAAGGAGAGCAACUGAAAGCUAUGAAGGUUGACACCACAAUUUUAGGUCUUGAUGAUGAGAGAGCAAAGGAGAUGCCCUACAUUGCUAGUAUGGGUAUUUAUGUUGUCAGCAAAGAUGUAAUGCUGGAACUUCUAAGGGAGAAGUUUCCUGGAGCCAAUGAUUUUGGAAGUGAAGUCAUUCCAGGUGCUACCUCCAUAGGGAUGAGGGUUCAAGCUUACCUUUAUGAUGGAUACUGGGAGGAUAUUGGUACCAUUGAAGCAUUUUAUAAUGCAAACCUGGGAAUUACUAAAAAGCCAGUGCCAGAUUUUAGCUUCUAUGACCGUUCAUCUCCAAUUUACACUCAGCCUCGAUAUUUGCCUCCAUCCAAGAUGCUUGAUGCUGAUGUGACCGAUAGUGUAAUUGGUGAGGGUUGUGUCAUUAAGAACUGUAAAAUUCACCAUUCUGUGAUUGGUCUCCGAUCUUGCAUUUCAGAAGGAGCCAUCAUUGAGGACACCUUAUUGAUGGGAGCAGACUACUAUGAGACCGAUGCUGACAGGAGAUUUCUGGCAGCAAAGGGUAGUGUUCCAAUUGGUAUUGGGAAGAACUCUCAUGUCAAGAGAGCAAUUAUUGACAAGAAUGCUAGAAUUGGGGACAAUGUAAAGAUCAUCAACAGUGACAAUGUGCAAGAAGCUGCAAGAGAGACGGAUGGAUAUUUCAUCAAGAGUGGGAUUGUCACAGUAAUAAAGGAUGCCUUGAUUCCAAGUGGAACCGUAAUCUAAGACUUGCACGCUGACUGCUAGUCAGAGGUACUUUUUAUUCCUGAGAAAGGAAUGACAUAGCGAAUAUGCUUCACUUGUUCUUUCCUUUUUAAUCUUCACGGUAAUGCCUUUUCCAUUUAUGUUAGUAUAUCUUGAGGCGAUAAAUUUUAGUGGAGGAAGAGAGCCAGAGGACAUCUGGGUGAUGCUGUAAAGGUCUUGUUCUACUCUAAUAAAAGCGUUUAGUUUUGUUUAUAAAUUGCUUGCAUUUUUUCAUGCCUCAGUCUACUCGUCCUUGUUAGAAUUUGAUGAUUAGGAAUAACACAUUAAUAUCACGUGUAAUUGGUUCAGUGGAAUGAUUAUUCCUCCGUGUUACAUCGAAUACACUAGUUUAAGUUAC